GCGGCCUCCAGGCAGCAGACAAAGCGCCAGCAUCUCUCCCUGCGCCCCCGUUGCGCGCUGCUUGCUGCAGCAUCCGUGCCUGCCCUGCGCUCCUUCGCUCCACGCUGGUGUUUUUGGAGCGGCCGGCCGGCAGGCUGCAACGAAGAGCCCCGGCUGGCUGCUGGUGGAGGCUGCUGCUGCUACGGGUGGGAGCUGCAGCGCAGGAGCAGCGGCGGCGCGAUGGCCGGGCGGCGCGGGAUGCUGAAGCGCAAACCCAACUUCACGCUGCAAGCUAUCGACAUCCUCAUGAGCGAGGUGCUCAAGUACUAGCAGCUGCUCUUCGGGUCCGCCUCCCCCGCCGUGAACGCCUACGAGAAGCAGAAGAUCUGGUGGCGUAUCACCAGCAAGGUCAACGCGGCCGGGCGCCACCAGCGCAGCCCUACGCCCCCCACCCCAAGGACUGCGGCGGCAGCACCGAGCCCCCCAGCCAGCCCGAUCUCGGCCCCCAAUGGUGCCUGCACGGCGUGUGCCAUUUGGACACGCCAGCACCGGGCCCGUCGAAGUGGCGCCCCUGCAGGGUGUGAAGGAAGAGCCAGUGAAGGAAGAGCCAGUAGAUGCGAAGCCAGAGCCAGCCAACCCCCUUCCCAUUGAGGCAAUCCAGCAGCGAGUAAACCGGGGGACUGAGGGGCAGCUGCUCAGGAGCUCUGGCCAAAUCCCAGAUGAACCCUGUGAGGAUUGGAGCAGAAGUCCCCCAAAUUCCUCACAGACAGAACUCUCACCCAUUGAGCUUGGGGGACAGCAGGAGCCCCUGGGUGCAGAUUAUGCAAGCAUCACAUUUGACCAGAAGUCUCCACACGGGCACCAGGAUGAUUGUUACAUGGGAGAUGCAGCAGCUCCUCUGACAGUGCCAAUUCAGGAAGGGCUGUCUGAAAACAGCCAUCUUAGUCUAGCAGAGAAACGAAUUAUCCAGGCUAAUGAGCAGCUAGUACAGGAGGUGCGCACCUUCCAGCAGGAGUAUACUAAAAGCUGUAGAGAGACUGCCUCCUUCUUGCGUAGCAUUGCUGAAGCUCUGAGUGGUGUCCACAACAGCCUGUCUGAGAUUCGGGAUCUCUAUCUCCGCCAGCAGGUGGUACCCAAGCAGUAAGGAUUAUCCCAACAGAAUAUGCUGAGCACCUCUAGGUGUAUAUGCCCUUUCAUGGCUAGGUAUCACUUACCCUAGAAGUGACUUGUAUAAACAAGUAGUUUUUACUACAGCUACUGAGAUGGAUUUGGUGAUGUG